AUGGCUUCAGUUGAGGAAAUCAGAAACGCUCAAUGUGCCAAGGGUCCGUCCACCAUCCUAGCCAUUGGCACAGCUACUCUUGAAAACUGUGUCUACCAGUCUGAUUAUGCUGAUUACUAUUUCAGGGUCACUAAGAGCGAGCAAUUGACUGAGUUGAAGAAGAAGUUCAAUCGCAUAUAUCUUGUAGAGAAUAACACAGAGGCACGAGUUCUUGUGGUGGGCUCUGAGAUCAUUGUUAUUACAUUCCGUGGGCCUUUUGAAACCACUUUGGACUCUUUAGUUGGCCAAGCCCUUUUCAGUAAUGGGUUUGCAGCUGUGAUUGUUGGAUCAGAUCUAGGCAUCUUAAUUGAAUGA